GGUCGAGCGGCCCCACCUCCUGCCCCAGGCACUGCCUAAGCCUUCGGUUCCGGGUACUCCAGAGUGACCAUCACCAUGGAGUUCGACCUGUCCGCAGCCGUGGGCACUGGUUCUAAGAAACCAGGAGGCGCAGGUCAAGUGGGAAACCCCAAGCACUGUCCCCUUAAAGCUCCGGGCCAGCCAGGGGCAGGCGCUGCUCACAAACCAAGGCAUGACCACGGCAGCUCCUCCGAUUCCAGCAGUAGCAGCAGCUCCAGCGACUCAGAGGCGGAGGGAAAGAAGCACACCGCUGGCUGCAAGAAGCAUGAACGCUCCCCGGACAAGGCCAAGAAACCCAAGGUGAAGAAGGAAAAGAAAAAGAAGGAGAAGAAGGCCCCCCACUGACUUAUUAAAGCUUGCAGCCCGCCCCGCUCCCCAGCGCCCCCUGCCGGUCAGGAGCGGAGGCCGGGCUGAGCCCA